CAUUGUAAAUUCAAUCAUAUUGUAUCUUUUUGUUUAUCCGUUGUUGUGUAAUAUGCAAAUUAUUUAUAUCCUGAAACGUAAUCAUGCAUUGAAGAUCUCAUUCAAAGUAUUUAUAUAAAGUGGGAAUGAAGACUCUAGAGUCUAGAAUGAGUUUGACCAACACAAUGCAGGAUAUUCCCGCAGUACACUCACCAAUUACAAUUAUUCCACUUGAACUCUUUAUUGAAAUUUGCUCUUAUUUACCACCAGUUGAUUUAUUCACAUUUUCUCAAGUGUGUCGUAAAUUUCGCGGAUAUUUAUGUGCUCCAAAUUCUUUUGCUACUCAACAAAUAUGGAAGAAAUCUCGUUUAGAAUUUAUGCCAAAAGAAGAUAUGCCUCCACCAGAAGGCAUGAGUGAAGAAAAAUAUGCAGUAUUAUUAAUGGCGGAACGAGGUUGUCAAAUUUGUAAACAAACUAAAGAAUGCAAAAUUUAUUGGGAAUUUACAAUUAGGUGUUGUAAAAAGUGUUUUUACAAAAACGCCAUAAGUCGGUUUGAUUUGAUUAUCAAAAUUAAAUGUCCGUUAGAAUUUGUUAAUAUUAUGCCAUGCACUCAUACUGGAUAUUUCUUUUGUAAAAAAUAUUAUUGGAAAGAACAAGUAGAUCUUGCAUAUUCUCAAUACUAUGGUUUAUUGAGAAAGGAGAAAAAAAUUUGGUUGGAUGGUAAAAAGCAAGUAUUUGAUUCUAUAAUUAAUUACAUUAGACGACGUGAAUUACGCAAAUCCGAAGAAAAAGAAAAAACGAAAUAUCAUUUUUUAUCUCCACAUACAUACUGUGAUACCAUAGAAGAUGAUUUUAGUUUUUUAUAUUCAUUUUAUUCACGACGUUCUCUAUCAGCUCCACCUCCACCUUCUCCACCUCUGUCCAGAUUUUUUGUGCAAAGUGCGACUAAAGAAGUUAAAGAAGUUGAAAAAAUUGAAAAAGUUGAAAAAGUUAACAAUAAUGAUGUACCUCAUUUAAUUCAACUUCAUAUUAAAAGACUUGAAAAUGAAUCAUAUCAAUCAACUUUUGAUGUAAAUUCAGCAAAUAAUUACCUUGAAAAUUCUAAUGAACAAAAAAUAAAUAAUUUUAUUAAAACUAAAAAGAAUAAAAAUAAAAAGAAACGAAAUAAUAAGCUUAAUAAAUAUAACAUGAAAGUGAGAGGAAAAAAUUUUAAAAAUAAAUUUGCUUAUAGAUAUGGUUAG